UGAGGUCGACACGGUGCAUUGAGCAUGCCAUGGAGUAAACCAAGCGCACUGAGGAUGGGUAAAGUGAUGUUGGUUAUGUGAUGAUGACGGGCUGGGGCGAGGAGGGAGUUGAUGAGAGGAGAUAUGCUACUUCCGUUCUCUCCAUCAAGACGGAGCUUAUACACGUAUGAGCACGAAUGUACGUAUUAUCUCGCGUUCAUUAUCGGGGAGAGAGUGCGAGUACUGUGACAAACGGACUUGAUCUUGUCAGAACCCGAACGCUGAUCAUGGAGCAAAAUUUACAUUCCAUCAUCCUGUGAUCUGUAAUUUGUACAUUGGUGAUUCUACCACAGAUCAGGUUAUUCUACCAAAGAUCAGGUUACAACAUGAAGGCAGAUGUGAAAUAUGGAAAUUGUGACAGUCAUGCCAAUGUUUGCAUGGAGAUCUAUGAACUGUACGAGGACCUUGUUGAUUUGGCGAGGGAGGCAGGAAAAUCGCACCUCGCACAAGCGGCGUUUGAAGAAAAGAUACGGGGGCCUGAAAUCAGCAAAUUCCUGUAUGAGGGUGGAAAUGGAAAGAUGGUACCCAUAAAAACAUUGGUGAAGAUCAGAAACCAGGAUAACUGGAUUGAUAAUGAUGUGGUGGAUGCAAAAGAUCGGAAGAAGAAGAGGAGACCAAUUUCUAAGUCUAAGAAGGUGACUGGGUCACUUGGGAGCACCAACAAGGUUGGAUCUGAACAAGAAGCCCAGCGAGAGUUUUGCUGGGACAUUGACAGACGUGGCUAUUCAGGAGAAACUUUACUUCAUGUUUGCUUCAUGAGUCCACACAACAAAGAUGUCAACUUUGAGAUUGCCAAGCAUCUCAUCAAGGCGUGGCCAAAGAUGAUCAAUGACUUCAUCCUUGGAACUGAAAGUUAUGGUGAAACAUGUCUACACAAAGCCAUUGUGAAUGAGAACAUCAGUAUGAUCAAAUUUUUGAUUGAGAAUGGAGCUGAUCUGAACGUCCGUUGCUAUGGGAGAUUCUUCAGACCAGAUGACCAAAAGGCGUGGUGUGUGGACUCACUAGAGCACGAACACUUUAUCUUGUACAAAAAGACCAACUAUGAAGGACUGACUUAUUGGGGAGAAACACCAUUGACAUUUGCGGCUUGUUUAGAUCUGAAUCACGUUUUCCGUUCUUUAUGGGUGAAGGGAUGUGACAUUAACACCCAAGACACUAAUGGCAACACUGUGCUGCAUAUGAUGGUCUUGCAAGAUAAAAAGGAUAUGUUCACGUUGGCGUAUGAGUUAGGUGGCGACUGUACCAUCAAGAACAAGCAAGGUUAUACUCCGCUAUCCCUUGCUGCUAAGCUACAUAGAAUAGACCUCUUUGAGCAUAUCCUAUUCUUAGAACGUCAACUCUCAUGGAAGUAUGGCAGUGUCACCUGUGCAUCGUAUGCCCUGGAUGGACUAGAUAGCAUUAACUACGAUGGUUCCAUCAAUAAUAAAUCAUCCUUGCAUCUCAUUGUGAACCAGACUAGUAAGGAGCAUCUACAGAUGUUGAAAGGUGUCAUUUACAAACUGCUGGAUGAGAAAUGGAAGACAUUUGGUCGUUUCAAUUUCUGUGCUCGUCUGGCAUUCUUUCUUCUCUACCUCGCUGUGAUCACAACAGCAUUCUAUCUUCGGCCUGGAAAGGAUCCUAGGGCAUUCACUGUAUCCGACAAUGUAACUCAACCGAAUGGCUCAGUCAUCGUCGCAGAAACAGAAAUAACAGAGCCUUGCUAUUUGCUGUACACAGACACACCUACAGAUCAGGCACGUGUGGUGUUUGAGAUCAUCACUUUGAUCGGAUCAAUCAUUUACCUCUUCUACGCGGCAAAGGAGCUGUACCACCUCGGAAAAUGGUCUUUCAUGGAUCUUAUGAUUUUAGCACCAGCCAAAGCGAUGUUUCUACUGUCCUGUUGUUUUGUCGUCUUGGCAUGUUUUGGUCGCAUUCCUCCAUGUAACCCCUACUAUGAGGAUGUCUUCAUUACAUUUGCUAUAUUGACUGCUUGCCCAUACUCACUGUUUUUCCUCAGAGCUUUGAAGCUUGUAGGUCCCUUCAUCUUCAUGAUCUACAAGAUGAUUCACGGUGAUCUGCUCAAAUUCCUUGCCAUUUAUCUCAUCUUCCUCUUUGGCUUCUCCCAAGCGAUGCAUAUAGUAUUCCUUGGAUAUACGGGAAAGUUUGAACUAUUGGAUUCAGUUAUUGGAAUGUUUGUCAUGUCUCUUGGUGAAUUUGGCGAUAUCUAUGCCACGUUUGAUGAAACAAGAUAUCCCAUAAUGGGCAAGUUUCUAUUCUGUGUGUACAUGGUCUUGGUGGCAUUACUGUUAGUCAACAUGCUCAUUGCCAUGAUGGGGAGUACGUUUAGCACCAUAGCAGAGACUGAGAAUGAAUGGCAAAGACAGUGGGCCAAGAUUGUGCUGAUACUCGAGCAGUCCUUAUCACCAGCUGUGAGAGUCAGUAUACUGCAUAAAUAUUCCACUCCAAUGUGGGAUGGACGACAAGACAGAGCUAUGAUCAUGCAAACAGAAAAUGAGGAUCACGACGACACAACUAUACAGAAGUCUAAACAUCGUCAUAAUGUAAAUUCCAAUCGAGAAUUCAUUGAUGGAGAAUGGCAGUUAAGUGCAUAAGGUCGGACACACAAUGUUCCCGGGUAGCUUGUCUGAAAUGUGCGAACCAAAAAUGUUGACGUUGCUGAAAUACACCGUUCACCGAUUGCAAAGUAGUAGCUCAAAAACUUGCCUUGAUGUCACAAAAGUUGGGUCAAUUCUCAAUUGUUUUUAAGCAAGUAUUUCCUUAUUGUAUUAGGUGAAUUCAUUUUAAUGUCGACACUUUGACAACUUUUUUACAUCGCAUUUUAGAGUGCAAAAUUAAUUCCGAGUAGGAAAUGGCUCUUAAUUCCAGUUUUAAGCCAUUGGCCGUUAGAUAUGUGUUCACAAAGUAUAGAAUUGUCAGUAACUCAAUAUUUUAAGUGGAAUAUUGUUGCAAUAGUAGACAUGUUUGGUUAAACAUUGUUAUUUCAAAUUUCUGCCACAAAUCAACCGCAAGUGUUCUUUUGCUUGUACUUUUAUUUCAUGGAGAAGAUAAUUCCUUAAGAAUCAAAUGAUAAAUAACAAACCAAACUAAACAAACCAAACUAGUUGACACAAAAUAAAUAAUGAAUUAUCACCAGACUAUUUUAAGGCAAUGCUUGGUAAAUUUAAUAUAUAUCUCUUCCAAUACAUCCAAAUUUUAAAUGAGGUCAAACUGAGUGAUUUGAGAAAGUGCAAAUGUAGUUAAAACUUUGCUAGUUUACUUGAUGUAACAGUGCAUGUAGACAAUCACCAAAAACAUUGAGUUCACAAAUACAAAAUUAAUGGAAUUUAAUUAUGAAUACGAAUAACUAAAGCAUUUUUUUUUUCAUUUAAUCUUUUGACCCAACCUUGGACAUUUAACUCCGAUUAUUAAUCGAUUUAUAUACACUUUUAAGGAACACACAAACUGUUAAAUGAUCAGUAAACAGAAUAAUUUGCAUAAAGCUAUAUUUAGGAAUAAAUUCAAUUUGUUAAAAUCCUUGGAAAGUUAAUUGCGUGGAAUAAUGAAAGUAAAGCUUUUUACUAAGAAUAUACUUCACCAUUAUAGCUGAAAAAUGGAUGAAAAUUCAGGAUAAAAUUCAUUCAAUACUUCAAUUUUGUAUACUGCAAUAUCACUUUAGUCAUCUUAUGACGGCAACAUGAAAGACAUUUUAAAGAUUUGACUGAGAUCCAAAAGCCAUUUGAUGACCUAGUCGUAUGGAUCUCCAUAAUUUGUUUAUAGUUUAUAGACCAGUCUUGAAAAUGGUUACUCAUAACUGUAGAUUUACUUUUGGAACAACUUUGAUCCUAACUGAGUGUAUUGUUAAUAAGUAAAUGUGGUCGCAAGAAAUUUAAUUCCACAAUCUGUGAUUGCCAAACAAGUAUUGUAUUAAACCUCUCAAACGUU